AUGAGUUCCACAGAGUCCACUGUCACUGUCACUGUGAGAAGCGCACAGCCCAGUCCCACCCUGCAGGCCAUGGAGCCUACAGCCGACCAGGGAAAAGGACGCGACGACUGUGAGAGAACCACAUUCCGGAAAAACGGGAUAGUCUUUGGGCAUCAUUCCGACUCGUCGACAGAGACAGCCGUGCCUCCCGGUCCAGCCCCCCCUGCUACGCAGCAAGACAAAGCCAACGGUCAAAAUAGCGACACUCAGCCGCUCAUCCCUCACGCAGAAGGCUGCUAUCUGGGAUAUGACCCUCCGGGUCCUCAGGGUUUCCUUAAUGAUGGUUGCGCAGGACCCCAUACUGUGACUGGUCAGGGGUACUACUGGGGGGCCGCGCAAUACCAGAAUAGUGUUACAGCUCCGAGUCCAGUCGAAGUGGGAUUUCAUACAAAUAACUUAGAUGCGUACGGACUUCUUGCCGAAUUCCACCAGUCCCAGCAGGCCCGGCUUCGAGAACCUAAUCAUAGUGCGGGGCCUUACAGCAACGGUGCCUUGGCUGGGAUAACUGAGCCGUUCCGCUCUGAUAUGCAGCCUUGUGCGGCUGGCCCGAUGCAUCGAAUUUGGGAGUAUGGUCAUCAGGGCCACAUGGAGACUCGUGAGCCACCACCGGUUAAAGAAAUGAUCAAUCAUUUUCUCAAUUUGUUCGUAUCCGGUGAACGCACCGAUUACUGUUUGAACCUGAUGCCAACCAAGGACGGAAUCCGGCCACAGCUCCUUGGUGCACACAGUGUCGUUAUGUGUAGGAACAAGCACUUAAAUGCCCUGAUCAAGAAAAUUGAGGCGGGAGAGCACUCCAAAAUUAUCAACCUCACUGCUGAAAGGGGGUUUGCCGAUACAAACGGCUUCUAUGUCGCCCUUCAAAACCUGUAUGGUGCCGUGCCGAUGACCGAGCAGCAAUGUAAGGAAUCCUAUCCUGGUAGUGCUGGCCAAAUGAAAUUUGCAUUGUCGUAUCUCAGCUCUGGGGCCUUUCUGGCGGACCGUGACAUUGUUCACGGGGCCAUCGACCUGAUCAAGGGGGCUCUGAGCUGGGACAACGUCGAAACUCUGGUCCACUUUGGGCUCGUCCCCGGCCAGUAUUUGAUCGCCUGCAACGAAGAAUAUGCUCGGGACAGUGAUUCCAAUUUCCAGUCCGAGAGCUCAGACGAUGAAAGCGUUGACACUAGAACAAACUUCAGGAUCGAUGAUACUUACCGGGCGCCAAGACCCGACAACCCCUUCCUGUCGGCGAAGACACUCAACAAUGAAAUGGUCAAGAUAUGGGCGCCCAGGCUCUUGAGAUGGGCCCUUAGAUUCAUGACUGUUGAUAGUGCCGCAGCGCGAUUUGAAUUUGACGCUGGAGCUCGACCGACAGUGACGCCGGAUAGACUGGGAUGGACCCAGGACGAGGAUCACACGACAGCCGAGAUGGAAGGGAGAAUUAAAAGCAGCAUGGACAAGAACAGAGCCAUGUCGGCGCUCCUUAUCACGCUCCCAUAUAGAUAUCUCAAAUAUACAUUCAGACUUAUGCGCGAAUGGGGGCUUUUGAGCGCGAAGCUUGCCCGGGAAGUGGUGGCAGAACGAGAACUGCGGUGUAAGAGCAUGAAGCAGAAACUUGAAUUGAACAGCAGGGACGAGAAGGGCCUGUCUCGACGCUCGCGUGGUCCGCUCGGAUGGGAAGAGUUCGUCGUCGAAGAAAACGAGAACAUAACCGUCAGCAGGAUCUGGAAAGGAAUUGGGACUGCGGCGUCAGCGGUCAAAGGGCCUCGUUCGGCGGAGCCGGGCCGCCCGAACGGCAAAAUGUGA